AGUUGCCGGAGGAAGGAAUCGCCGCCCCGCUAAAAAGUUGGAGGAAAGGUGCAGGUGUGAACUUGACUUGAGCGCAUAACUUCAACUAUGGCGUUUACCACCAGUGCGCCUGCCGGGUUCAAGCCGAAAAACAAGCUGCGCCGACAAGCUGCACAUCUCUCGAUCAAGAAAGCCAAGGAGGCCGAAAAGCGCGAUUUGAGACACCGCCGCAAGCGCGAGGAAGCAAAAGACACUACAUUGCGGGAAGAGCGAUUGGCCCGCAAUGUACCGGCCACAAUCGACAGCAAGCGAGUGUGGGACGACGAGCCAGUGGGAGACGAGGAAGAUGCUCUGGGCUGGGCGGUGGACGUUGAGCGACUAGCGAAGAGGAGGAAGCUGGAGCAGGAAGCGGCCGAACAGGGUGAAGUUGAAGACGGCGAAGAAGAGGGAGUACUGGCGAAGCUGAAGAAGAGGGAAAGGGAAGACGUCGACGGAGAUUCAGAGCAGGAUGACGACGCAGACAGCAUGCUCGACUCCGACUCGGACCUCGACGAAGCCUCGGAUAGCGAGGACUCAGAGUCCGCACCAUCGAGAAAACGCAAAGUCGAGCCUCCGAAACGCGCCACAAGUCCCGCUACCUCGACCGCAACAAAUCUCGAACUCUCCCCAGAAUUCCUCAAGCAAAAGUUCCCGCAACUCUUCGAACCCGUGGAGGAACCUAAGAUCCUCAUCACCACCUCGAUAAACUCAAGCCUCUACAAAGAAGCCGAAAUCCUUACCUCGUUCUUUCCAAACAGCACAUACAUCCGGCGCACUGCUCAUGUUCAUGCGCACAAAUACUCUGUUCGCGAGAUUGCCCAAUUCGCGUCCGCGCGGGAAUACACAGCACUAGUCGUCCUGAUGCAAGCGGAGCACGAGAAGAAGCCUGAUGGGCUAGACGUCAUACAUCUUCCCAAUGGACCACACUUCCACUUCAGCGUGACAAAUUGGGUCGAGGGGAAGAAACUACCCCGCCAUGCGAACGACACUGGGCAUUAUCCAGAGUUGAUACUCAAUAAUUUUAAAACGCCGCUGGGUAUCCUGACGGCACAUCUGUUCAAGGGCCUGUUUCCUGCGACACCAGAGUUGGAAGGGAGACAAGUGCUCACACUACACAACCAGCGCGAUUACAUCUUCAUCCGACGCCAUCGUUACGUCUUUCGCGACAAGCGGGAGACAGAAAAGCCGAUUCUUGGAACUGAUGGCAAACCAAUGAAGGGGGUCGAGGAAGUCAAGGUGGGUAUGCAGGAAAUUGGUCCCCGCAUGACGCUCAAACUCCGCCGCAUAGAUCGCGCCAUCCAAUUCAAGAGCGGCCAGGAAUGGCAGUGGAAGGGCAGGAUGGAGAAGAAGCGUACACGCUUCAACAUGUAGAGCAAUCCCACACUGCCAGCUCCAUCGAUUCAUUUCCCAUGCGUGCCCAUACAAUACACUCUAUGUGUCGGUGCAACAGCUAUUCAGCGUCUACGUAUCCAUUCUGGCUUGUGAUAUUGCUUUACAUAUAUCAUAGUGGAUAACCUAUUUGGAUCGUCAACGCCUACCAAACAGAAGAACACGAGACCACA